CUCGCUCGCGCUGGAGUCACAUGUUUCAACGUCACGGCAGUAGCUAGUUAGUUACUGUAGUCGCGAGGAAUGAAGCCGUCAUUUCAAGCUGGAGAGCUCUCUCAAUGCGCACUACACCGCGAGCGCUCACCAUGCCAUCCAACUGCUUCAACCCAACUCCAAAGGAUCCGCUCAGUCAUGGGAGUCCAUUACCUCAACCAUGCAAUUUCCACCAUCAAUAAUUUAAUCUAUUUGCUCAAAAGCUGAAGAGACAACUUGCAGCUGCUGCUUGGCGAAUAUCGCAAAAUAGUUACGCGGAGGGCUUAUCCAAAUCAUCCCAGAUGACACUGUCCUGCUGAAUGGUCUCCUUUACGACUGGACAGAAAAGUUCCAACAGGUUAGAAGAGUGAUGACCAUCCUGUUCGUUACUAUGGUUAUUUCAUACUUCAGUUGCAUGAGAGCUGCGCCCAUGAGAGAGAUCCCGGGCGUGCAGGGGGGUCACCGGGCCGAGGGGUACCUGGGCGCCGCUGCUGCCAUCACCUCAGGCAGCCGAGGCCACGGGACUCCACAGAGUGGGGGCGGGCUGCCCUCGCUCACGGACACUUUCGAACAGGUGAUUGAGGAGUUGCUUGAGGUGGAAGGAGAAGCGACGCAGCAACUGGACCCCAGGGCCGACCAGGGCCAAGGAGGGGGUGGUCCCGCAGCCAUGGCUGACUCAAAGGACGUUGACAUGUACGCCUCGCGGGUGAUGAUCAGCAACCAAGUGCCUUUGGAGCCGCCGUUACUCUUUCUCUUGGAGGAAUACAAAAACUACCUGGAUGCCGCCAACAUGUCAAUGCGUGUGCGACGGCACUCGGACCCCGCACGGCGAGGGGAGCUCAGCGUUUGUGACAGUAUUAGCCAGUGGGUGACGGCUCUGGACAAAAAGACAGCCAUAGACAUGUCAGGCCAGACGGUCACCGUCCUGGAGAAGGUCCCCGUGACUAACGGUCAGCUGAAGCAAUACUUUUAUGAGACCAAAUGCAACCCCUUAGGGUACACAAAGGAGGGCUGCCGAGGAAUAGACAAGCGGCACUACAACUCGCAAUGCCGGACAACCCAGUCUUACGUGCGAGCCCUUACCAUGGAUAGCAAAAGGAAGAUCGGCUGGCGGUUUAUACGGAUAGACACUUCGUGCGUAUGCACAUUGACCAUUAAGAGGGGCAGAUAGUGUACACAAUGUAUAGAUUUUAUUGAGAGUUCUAAAAAAGAGAGAGAAAAAAGAAAAUAUCUAUUUGUAUAUAUACAUAACAGGGUAAAUUAUUCCGUCAGAUGAAAAUUUUAUGGACUGCAUGUAAAAAAGAUGAAGUUUAUACAGUAAAAGUGAUACUACAGUCUAUUUAUUGAACAUAUUCAUGAUCUUGUAAACAAUUAAAAAAGAUCUGAUCAGUCAUUCGCGCCCAGUUCAAAUUACUAUACCACAUUCCUCAAGACAUUGUGUUUUUUACGUUGCCAAGAUUUUGAGAGAUGAGGAGAGGGGGUGAGGAAGAAUUACAUUCAAGAAAAAAAAACUAAAAAAAAACCUAAAAAACUUGCAUGCUGCUUCAAUUGUGAAUUGAGAAACUGUCCACUUUGGGAAAACAAGGAAACGAUUUCCGACCAAAACAUUCCGUUUACAUUCUCAACCGUAACAGGAUUUCCUCCUCUCAGUACUCUGUCUGUUUA